AUGGCUCUCGACUCUUCUAGUGUUUGUCAGCGGUGCUCUAGCAAUGUUGAGUCAGUUGACCAUCUCCUUAUUCAUUGCCAUGUUGUGUAUGAUAUUUGGUUUUACUUCUUGCGGUCUGCCGGUAGGUUGAGUGCUAUGCCGCAGUCUGUUGAGAGAGUGGUGGUCAGUUGGAAAGGUUACAACUUAAUGGAGCAAGGCAAGCAACUUUGGAGGAAACUCCAGGCAGCAAUCAUGUGGGUCGUAUGGCUUGCUAGAAAUGCUAAAUUCUUUAAUUCAAAAGACAUCAAGGUUCCAGAUAUCAUCAGGGAUAUUAAAAUUCAAGCUUUUAAUUGGGCCAAAGGUGCCUCGUGCUUCGCUGGCACUGAGCUCUAUCCUUCAUCAGAUUUAUUUCUCCCGCAUAAGUAA